CGCGCCCUGGAUGCGGGACUAGCGGGCGAGUCCGUCGGGGCAGCGCGGCCUCGCGGCGGGGCGAUCACAGCGGAGCGUCCCCGGCGCCGCCCCCUGCAAAGGCGCCGAGGCCGGGCCGCGCAGCUUCUGCUUUCCCGCGUCUCGUGGCGUAGGCGGCCGAGGAGGUCUCCGCGCCGCUGCUCGCACCCUGACGGCCGCUGUUAUGCGUAUUCCCGUAGACCCGAGCACCAGCCGCCGCUUCACACCUCCUUCCACAGCCUUCCCUUGCGGCGGCGGCGGCGGCGGCGGCGGUGGCGGCAAGAUGGGCGAGAACAGCGGCGCGCUGAGCGCGCAAGCGGCCGUGGGGCCCGGCGGGCGCGCCCGGCCCGAAGUGCGCUCGAUGGUGGACGUGCUGACGGACCACGCGGGCGAGCUCGUGCGCACUGACAGCCCCAACUUCCUCUGCUCCGUACUGCCCUCGCACUGGCGGUGCAACAAGACGCUGCCCGUCGCCUUCAAGGUGGUGGCACUGGGGGAUGUGCCAGAUGGAACAGUGGUGACUGUGAUGGCAGGCAAUGACGAGAACUACUCUGCUGAACUGCGCAAUGCCUCAGCCGUCAUGAAAAACCAGGUGGCCAGAUUCAACGACCUUCGAUUUGUGGGCCGCAGUGGGCGAGGGAAGAGUUUCACACUCACCAUCACUGUGUUCACCAACCCCACCCAAGUGGCCACCUACCACCGAGCCAUCAAGGUCACUGUGGAUGGACCCCGGGAGCCCAGACGGCACCGACAGAAGAUGGAAGACCAGACCAAGGUAUUUCCUGACCGCUUCGGAGACCUGGAACGGCUGCGCAUGCGGGUGACACCGAGCACACCCAGCCCCCGAGGCUCAAUCAGCACCGCCAGCCACUUCAGCAGCCAGGCCCAGACCCCAAUCCAAGGCACCUCGGACCUGAACCCUUUCUCCGACCCCCGCCAGUUUGACCGCUCCUUCACCCUCACGGAGAGCCGCUUCCCAGACCCCAGGAUGCAUUACCCGGGCGCCAUGUCAGCGGCCUUCCCCUACAGCGCCACACCCUCGGGCACCAGCAUUGGCGGCCUCAGUGUGACAGGCAUGCCGGCCACCAGCCGCUUCCACCACACCUACCUCCCGCCGCCCUACCCCGGGGCCGCGCAGAGCCAGAGCGGGCCCUUCCAGGCCAACCCAGCACCCUACCACCUCUACUACGGCGCCUCCUCGGGCUCCUACCAAUUCUCCAUGGUGGCUGGUGGGGGCAGUGGUGGGGGCGAGCGCUCGCCCACCCGCAUGCUGACCUCCUGCCCCAGCAGCACCGUCUCCGUGGCCACCGGUAACCUCAUGAACCCCAGCCUGGGCCAGGGUGAUGGCGUGGAGGCCGACGGCAGCCAUAGCAACUCGCCCACAGCCCUGAGCACGCCGGGCCGCAUGGACGAGGCCGUGUGGCGGCCCUACUGACCACCCGCCGAGGAGAGGACCCAGUGCUCUGACAGGGACUGGCCCGCUCCCGGGCUCCGGGCAGCAGUGGGACUUCUGCUCCGGCGCAGCCAGGGCCCCAGGGGCCAGAGCUGCAGUGGCUCAGAGAGGACCCUCCAGCCACACCUUUGUACAGAGCGGGAGGGGACCUCCUCCAGGACGCUGUCCCCAGCCUGGUCCCAGUCAUCUCAUCCUAUGCUCCCAGGGAAACUCCUGCCACCUCCCAGAACCACCUCACCAUCUCCAUGCCAAAGAAAGGAUCUUGCCCUCCGGGGUCAGCCCCCGUGCCAAGGAAGAGGGCGGCAGACCACAGCCUUCCUCAGAGGCCUUGCCCUGGGGCCCAGUCCAGUCUGCAUUUGCACCCAUUGAGUCAGAACUAGAAAGCCCCCACCUCACCCGGAGAGGGGUCCCCUCGCUGUGAAGAUGGGGAGGACAUCGCCAGCAGAAGGGAUGAGCACGCACCCGAGCAGGCCCCCCAGCUCUGCUUCCUGCCCUCCCUAGCAGCUCAGAAGCCCUUGGCCCAUCGCAGCUGCCCAGGGCACCAGGCCCCAGAGCAAGUGGGCUGUGGCGGCAGUGCCCUAAAACAGGGAAGGGUGUUCCUGACCAACCCGCCACACACUUGUCCAGCCCGUGGCAUCCCCUCUGCCCUCUUGGGGGGAGUCUCAUUGUUGCCAUUGCUGAGACAACGCGAGAGUCAGGUGGAUCUCAGCAGAAAGCUCUGAGGUGUGGCAUGGUGGGGUCAGGUCUGUGUCCCUGUCACCUGGGUCUAAUCGAGCUGUGUCCCACCUCCUGGGAUGGCCCAGCCAGGUCUUCCAAUCCCUGCCACAUAACUCUCUUUAACCUGUUUGCACUCCUGAAGCAAACAGUCUUGAACAAAAUCCAGUUUUUAAAAAGUGAUUUUAGAAAAAGCAGCUUCAGGUAUAUUUUUGAGCACGAGGCCUCUAGCAGGUAGUGCUUUGGGCUUGUGGACACCACCUCCCACCCACUGCCUCCUGCCAGUGGACAAUUAUGGAGAUCCCUCCUCCACCCUGUCACAUUCCUACCUCUGCCGGGAGACCCGGGGGAUGUGGGGCAAGGGGCAUGGACCCUCACGUCUGUGCUCCCAGACAUUUGUCCAGGAGACAGAGUGGGGCCUGGUGGGGAGAGUGGAGUGCGGGAAUAGCGCAGGCUGUGUGAGGGUCCCGUGUUCAGAGGCCAGAUGUUUCCCCUCCAUCUUGCAGAUAGAAACACAAGAGUCUACAAGGGUCCUUGUGUCUGAGUUCUCAAAUGGAAAAGGACGAGAAAACAAAGGCUCAACACCAUGUGACUUCAUAGCUCUCAGCCACAUCCUCGGUGGGUGUGGAAAUCUCCCCUACAGUGUUCCUUCCUAGUGGUCUGUGUCAGCAAGUGUCUCACCAGGCUACUCCCAACUCUAACAGCUAGAUCCGGUCUCUGACAGCUGAGGAAGUUCUGAUCCUACUCAGAUCCCCCCUGUUGCAGUUUCUCUUGUCCUGUCCUCACUGGAAAACAGUAUUCUCCAUCUCUUCACAAUAGCAGCUGAGGGUGUCCUGCCAACUCCCUGCACCCAGGGGGCCUCUCACCCCUUCUCAGGAAGCAGCUACAAACCCACAACCCUCCCACUUGCUUCACUCCCUCCCAUGGCCAGCGAGGGAGAUGCCCUGGGACUCCCAGUGCCCAGUACUUUGUAGCCCCGGCCCAGAGACUGCCCCUUCCUGAUGCCCAACCCCUGAUCAGGGCUGGACAGGAAGUAAAUUGACCCUGCCCUUUCUCACCCACUGCUGAGCAGUGAUGGUGGCCAGGCUGAGUCUGUUCGCGCUUCCUGGCUGGUGAGAAUGGGUCCUGAUUCGCAAGGCUGCUUUAACGGUGUGCCACACAAACACUGAGGUGGAUAGCACAAGGAAAGGAAGGGGUUUUGGUACGAUGUCUGUGUGUGUUUGUGCUGGGUGCAGACCCUCUGUGACAUAGUGUCAUGCCAAGGUGUCCAUACCUGUCAUGCUCACAUCUUCCAGAAAAUCGUCCCAAGCUGGGGGGAGGGGUGCUGCCUUGCACUAUCAUUUGCUUGAUGUGUUUGUGUCUUGUGCACAACCUGCUUGUACAGUAAACUGUCUGUCUUCUGUGCUAUUUAACUGUAAAAUGGAAUUUUGACUGGUUUGUUACAAUAAUAUAACUGAGAUGUGUUGAA